AUGUCGAAUGUCCCAACUUGGUCGGGAACAAUUUAUUUCCUCUGCGUGAGUUCGUCUAUCGAAGAAGCUACACCAACUGCACAGACAACAGCAGACCAUUUCUUCCCAAACAGAUACGCUCUCUACGUCGCCCGAAACUAUUUCGAGAUGGUACAACCGUCACCUCAGCUCUGCGCCCGCCUGCGCUUCACAACCAAACAAGUCGGACGUGGUUUUUAUCGAGGAAACCGAACCGGCUCCAAGGGUGCGCACAACGACAGAGGAGGAUACAUUGUUGACUGGAGAAAGACUUCCUUCUACAAUGUACCGGAGCUCGAAGGAUUUCGCCUUGCGCCUUAUGUAACGCUAGAACUGCCUGAGCCGUCUCCGAAGAUCGAGCGUUUUGGCUCCAAGUACACCCCUAAGAAAGUCGAUGGGCUCGAAUUUUUGCACGAGUGGAAGAGGUUGAAUCCUUUUGAAUAUGAACACAUUAUCAACUUCCAGCGAGAACAAGCCGAACAGAUCGCGACACAGGCAGAGGUUACGAUCGAUGAAAGCCCUGCACAGGCAACCAGUGGAAGCCAAAAGUCAAUAUAGAACGAACAGUGGAGGAUAAAUAUGUCCCGACUGCAACCAUGACACCGAGGCAGCUUACACUGCUGUACCGAGUGGGAGACUUUCCUGCUUCGGGUUUUAGAGCAAGAAUUACCUGCUCCAAGAGAUUGCCAUGGCUCACCGAUCAGAUGCCCUAGUGAAAGAGAGAAGAGGGCCACGGUUGGACAGGAGCAGUUCCAGACGGAUUUUAUGGGGAGGGAAAGGUGACAAGCUUCUGCGCAGUCCAUCUCUACGAGAGGCAUUACUGUCGACAAUGUCGUCCCGACUACUUUCUACAAUCCUAAGCUUACACCACAGAAGUACACAUCCUGGGAUCGGCACUGCGUGUGGAGGGGGCGAACACUUCCUCGGCUUUGAUGAAUUCCGACAUCUGCUCAACGUAGGGUUUGUGGCACAGCCUCGGAAUCUCAUCUGGUUCCGCAGUCUACCAUUACCCUGCCGACUGGUACGGAAGUCCCGGAGGUCACACUGUGUAUUGGGAAGUCAAAAGCUGUCUUGUGUAUCAACGCUGAACCACACCAGCGACUAAGAUUCACUUCAUAUCAGCCAUGGACGCGGUACUAUGGAUAUCCCUACUGCAUUCGAGCUGGUCAGAUCUUAUCGUCACAUAAAUUUACGGUCAUACAAAUAUGACCAUGGUAUAUCGUGCUCAUGAAUGCUAUAUCUCUUAG